AUGUUUUUCCGUCGUUUAUCCAAUCAUGUAAAGCGUUUCUAUGCUACAAUUAAUCUUCCACCUGGUAAGGAUAGUUUUCCGAAAGCUACCAAUCUCGUUCCCGGCACAAUAUCCGAAUCAACCGCCGCUGCCAUCAACAAACAAAUUAAUCAGGAAUAUGGUGCAUGUUAUACCUACCGAUCGAUCUCGUAUCACUUCGCCACAUCGAGUGUUGGUCUACUGAGAUUGGCAGACUUCUACCGUAUGUUGGCAAGUGAGGAAAAUGAACAUGCUGAGCAAUUAGCAAAUUUCCUACUGCUCCGCAAUGGGAGCGUCAUUCUCGAAGCUAUUGCCAAACCGAUACAACGUCAGUGGAGCGCCGAUAUUGGACAAACUCUGUGCGAAACGCUUACGCUCGAAACAGAGCUAUCCGCUUCACUAUCGGUGUUAUACGCUGCAGCAGAGAUGGAACACGACGUUGUGCUGACAGAGUUUCUUACCUCACAUUUCCUACACGAACAGUGCGAAUCAGUGCGUGUCCUUCAAUUGCUCGCAUGCAAAUGGAACCAGCUACGGAACGCCCCGCAUGGGGUGUAUUUGUUUGACAGGGAAAUCGAACGAAUGAACGGAUUGCAUCGUUGCUCUUUCUCUCGAAACAAACGAAAUAAUACGUAG